CAGUGAGAAGUCUGUCAAAUCAAACUCCGGAAGUAGCGAGAAAUCUGUCAAAUCAAAAUCCGCAAGCAGUGAGAACUCUGUCAAAUCCGUAAGUGCCUUGAACGAUGACGAUUUUCUACCAUCAGAUCAAUUUGAUGAUAGCAAUGACGAAAUGCCAAAAGUUCCUAGUUCCAAAUUGAGAAGGAGGUGUGCCGUGUGUCCCAAAGAUAGUGUUUCUGAUGGCAGGGGAAGGUGCUUCAGGUUUAACCAAGCUGCAUUGUCAAAUCAGAACGCGCAAGAGUCAUGUAUGCGUGAUGGAGGAGUAUUGGCGGAUAUAAGAGAUGGUCCAACGUUGGAGUUUGUCAGAAAAAUACCAGGUUCACCCGAGGGAGACUUUUGGCUUGGGACAUCUUCUGACCCUCUUGCCAUCACGGGCUAUUACACGAACUGGUUGAAAGGAGAUCCUCCUUCGUCUGGAAAUCCCGAGGCGAAGUUGGAUUGUGGAGCUGUAGUUCCUUCCUCAUUGUUCAAAUGGGAAGCUAGACGAUGCUCGGAGGAACAAGCAUUCAUAUGUGAAAGAAAUCCAAUGUUAGUUACAACAACUAUUACAACAACGAAUUCAGCUACAACAACAGCAACAACGACUACAACAACGAUUUCAACAACAACUUCAUUUAACACUGAAUCACGUCCAAGGUCCACACUGCCAAUAAACGAUGAUGUGGACAAUCGCUCUCCUUCCACAGUAUUCUCAUCAACAGAAUUACCAUCCACAACUGUAGCAACGACAACAUUAUUAACAGAAACACAAUCCGAGUCAAGGACAACAGCAACAGAAACAGAAACACAGACUAAGUCACCCCCAAGGCCACCACCGUCUAUGAACGAUGAUGUGGACAAUGG